AUGGCUGUUUGGGACAUCGCGUUCGACUCUGACCACCGUCCAGUUCUUCUCAGCUUCAAGAUACGGUUCCACAAGAGAAGCCGAAGAGUUCCUCUUCAACCGAAAAUCGACAUGGCAGGUCUGAAAGACGAUGAAUGCAAAAGAAAAUUCCGCCAACAUGUGCCUAUUCAUGUUGGAGUACGAACCAGGAAGAAGCUUAGCGAUGCGGACUCCUUCACAAACGCUGGUGACUUCAACCAGGAAAAGCGUCUUAGGAGGAAGCUGCGUCGUCAACUGCAACAAGACGGCGAUAACGAGUGGACGUCAAGAGCGAUGGAGUUUGAGAAGGCGUGGGAGGACAGGAACCCGCGGAAAGCCUACGCUCUACUAAAACAGUAUAGCGGCAAAAUGAAAGAUGUUCCCAUGUCCUCAGCACUGCUAAUGGGACCGACAUAUGCGGUUAACGAGGAGCCACCGACCGAGUCGGAGGUCCUGGUCUGUAUUCAGAAAAUGAAGAAUGGAAAAUCUGGUGGAGACGACGGGAUUAGCGCAGAAAUGCUAAAAUAUCUUCCUCCGUCUGGGAUUCGAAUUAUCGAGGAAUCUGUUUGCUGCGUGUUAUUAGCGCAGGAGCGCAUUAUCACGGACCGACUCAUUAAACAUCGCGAAGAAACAACGCGCGACGAGCAAGCUGGUCUUCGUCCUGGCCCAUCUACGAUUGACCAUGUGUUCAUCGUCAGGAGAGUGAUCGAAAUUUGGCAGCGGUAUUCGAAACCAAUGCAACUAGCGUUUCUGGACUUUGAAGCCGCGUUCGACUCUCCUCACCGAGGCCGUAUUCUCAACGCGCUUCGCGCCGAUGGAGUACCAGGAAAGUUCGUUCACUUGCUUGAUGACAUGAAUCAACGAACAACUGCUGCAGUUCGAACACCAGUCGGAUGUACAACACCGUUUGAAGUGGUAACUGGAGUAAGACAAGGGGCGGUGGCAGGACCCUUCCUGUUCAAUUUCGCCAUCGACUACAUUAUGCGAAGAACAGUCGACCAGUUUCCUGCCGACAUUGUCUUAGCACCAUCAGGGUGCCCCUUGACUGACCUCGAGUACGCCGACGAUGUUGUUAUAUUCGCGGAAAGCAGUACGAAACUUCAGCAUGUUGUCAACCUUGCAUCGAAGCUGGCUGCAGCCUACGGACCACGCCUACGCCCUGAUAAAUGUGGAUAUGGAAUAAAUCAGAUGUGGAUCUCUUCGAAUCUCGGGAAUCAGGGUAGACGGACAACCGAUAGAACUCGUCGAUGA